AUGCACCAAAUGUGGGCGGAUGUGACGAAAUGGCAAGAGACGCUGGUGCAUGACAAGUCCAUGGCUGCUUUUGCCAAAAGUCGCGCACUAGCCGUCGUGUAUUUGUCAAACAAGCUCGAGGGGACUCUCGCCAAAGGCACGAGCGAGCAAGAGACGUACGCUCUACUGGACGAGCUCUGGGAGCAACCAUCGCCUCUGGCUCUCGAAUCUCCUGCGAUUGUGCUGUGGCAUUCGGAGGGACAACACAGCAGCGAGCGUUCCUUGUACCAACUCCAGCAGCAUCUUCUUGCGUUGCGUCACUUGCAAGGAGCACUAGAUCAGCCACUCUCGGUCGAGCUCGUAUGUGAGACACAUCGUAUUCUGAUGAAAGGCGCGCUCAGCGACGAGACGACUGCCCCGAUCCGAGCUGGCCGGUUUCGCCAGCAUCACUGCUGCGCUGGAAAGUACUCGUUUCCUGAAGCUGGUACCAUUUCAGCUUCGCUGAGCAAGAUCAUUGAGCAGUUUAACGAGCGCUUUGCAACUCGGAAGCUGGCGCCUUACCGCCUUGCUGCCUGGCUGUUUGUUCAAGUGAUAACGUUGCAUCCAUUUGAGAACGGAAACGGUCGCCUGUGUCGGCUUCUCGCGUCCUACGUGUUCCAAAAGUGCGGCGUACCAUUCCCCGUGGUCAUUACUUCCGGUCAUUCUCGCGCUUACAAGCACUACAUUGAUGCGAUUGUCGCAUAUCAGACCCGCGGCCAGGGCCUCGACGAGCUUUGUCUGUACAUGCUCACAUCGCUCCAUCAGAGCUGGUCCAUCUUUGCGGCGACCUUGAAUCAUUCUUGA